UUUCCCGCGGGUUUUAACGCGGCAUUGGCUUUCGGAUUGAUUUGAUAUAGCCCCAAUCUCCUCACGGACAGUAUCGCCAAAUUGAUUAGUGGACAAAGGAGAUAUUUUAUUCUUUACAAACACAAGUGCGUGAUCUCAUUCUUUCUUUUACAAGCAAUCAUCGCCGAUAUGUAUUACACUGUAGUACAAGAUAUGCAUGUAGAGUGGAUAUAUAUAAACACAUAUAUAAAGCUGAGAUUCAACCAGUAGUCCUGAUGGAAGCUGUAAAUUGCAAUAUCUACUGAUUUCUUCCAAGGGUUAUUGGAUGAGGUAUCUGUAAGCAAUUAAGAAUAGAUCUUGCAUUUAGAUGACACCAUUCUUCAAGAAAAAGAAGAGGAAAUCGAAGCUACGAAUUGGUUAAUGAAAAGCAUCGAAGUCGGCGGAGGUGUUUAGGAGGUAAUGAAGGGAAAAGGAUCGCAGCCAUGGACGGUGGCCAGUCGCCGGAUACCUCAUAGGACGCUGAUGUUGCCGGCGGUUUUGAUGCUAGGGAUAGUUUUGCCCUUUCUCUUCGUUAGAAUUGCAUUUUUGGUUCUUGAAUCGGCCGCAGUUUGCUCUUCUCUCGACUGUAUUGGAUGGAGGUUUUUCGGCGGGACUGAAUAUCUGCUCAGAGAAGAGCUGACGAGGGCAUUAUUGGAAGAAAACAAUGAUGAUGAAAUAGGAGGAGUAGAUAAUUCACCAGCGUCAUUCACGGAUCUUGUGAUUGAUUUAACGUCAAAUAGACAAGAUUUCAAGGCCUUCGCUUUCAAGACCAAAGCUAUGUCACUAUUCAAUCCGUUGCUCGGUGCCUAUCUCUUCACAUGCACCCAAAGGUGCCCACUUACUGGGAUUUGGCUCCAAUUUGAUGUGACACAAAUAUAA